CUACUAAAGAUAAUCAGGAUUCCAAGCCUGAGGCUAUAAGAGGGAUCUCUUUAACUUCUGUAUUUGUAAACUCAGAACCAGUUCGGGAGGAUCAAGUCCAAAAUGCCAUUAAGUUUCUUUCACAUCCAAGAGGCGAUCGCAUAAGUGCUUCUAUUGGCAAGUCAGUUUUGCAUCUUUUCAAAACACAAAUUACUGAGCUUGGAUUAUAUAAUAUGGCGAACUUUAUCGUUUGUCAUAAUAAGGAGAAGUUCAACACCACGAAACAUAGGUUGAGGCUGACGUUUACUCAACGGACAACAGUGGCUGAAACAACUGAUCCACUUUUCCCAAUCAAUAUCUUUGAUUUGCGACCAUAUGAUCAAUUGAUAAAUAAGGUUGACGUGAACAAGACUGAAUUAUUUGAUGUCAUCGGAGAAAUUGUCAAUUUCAGUGAGGUACAAACGCAAAACCAAGGUGGAAUUUCUAGGAAGUUUAUGGAUAUUGAACUAGAAGAUGACGAGAGGAAGAAGUUGUCUGCUACAUUUUGGGGGGAGUUUGUUGAUGAAAUUGUUCCUCAUCUACUAAGUGCUAACAACCAGCCUAUUAUUGUUGUUAUGCAGCUAAUAAAAGCCCAUAAAUAUCAAGAUUCAUAUUCUGUGCGCAAUACAUGGAAUGCAUCAAAGCUGUGGAUUAAUCCAAAUUUUCCUCAAUCUGAUGAAUUUAAAACACGGUUCAAUAUAUAUAUUGAUUUAUUUAUAUAA